GACUUCCCUCUUAAUUAUUCAUGACAAAACCUUAUUAUAUAAUUCUAUAACUAAUCCAUUAUCCAUUUAUCCAUCAUCCUCGAUCUGUUAUUUAUACAACAUCUCCUUCUCUUAAUCUUUCUUCAUUCCUUCAUUACUUGUUCAAUCUUUUAGCCAGGAGUACGUAUCAUAUAUUCAUAUACUACUUAUACAAUUAUAAUGGGAAUUAUUCAUGGGUAUUUGUUGAUGUUAGUGGUUGCAAUGGGCUCAAUGGCUACAACUUGUAAUGCUGAACGAGUUUGGAAGAGAAUUAUAACGGUUGAUCAAUCGGGGAAGAAGGGUAACUACGUGAAGAUACAAGAUGCAAUUGAUGCGGUUCCGUCUAACAAUGUACAUCCUGUUUUCAUAAGGGUGGAGCCUGGAAUUUACAAGGAGAAGAUUCAUGUACCUGAAAAUAAACCCUUGAUUACACUUAGUGGUAGAAAUGCAAAUACUACGGUUAUCACUUGGAAUGAUGGUGGAGAUAUUUUCAAAUCUCCUACUCUUACUGUUUUUGCUUCUGAUUUUGUUGGACGUUACCUUACUAUUCAGAAUACAUAUGGUACAACAGACAAAGCCGUGGCAUUAAGAGUAACAAGCGAAAAGGCUAUGUUUUAUGCAUGUAGAAUAAUAUCAUACCAAGAUACACUUCUAGAUGAAAGUGGGAGACAUUUCUACAACAAUUGUUACAUUGAAGGAGCAACUGACUUCAUUUUUGGAAAUGCAGCUUCUCUUUUUAAGCAAUGUCAUUUGCGAUCAACUUCAGAGGACAACGGGGCGAUAACAGCACAACGUAGAACAUCGGAAGAAGAAAAUACGGGAUUUUAUUUUGUGAGAUGCAAAAUAACUGGAGUCAAAAGAUGCGUGUUAGGCAGACCAUGGGGUCCUUAUUCUAGAGUGGUUUUCUCACAAACUUAUAUGUCUAGUGCGGUUCUACCUCAAGGAUGGGACGAUUGGGGCAAAUCAUCUACGCACAGGACCGCGUAUUAUGGUGAAUACAAGUGCUUUGGACCAGGGGCUAAAAGAACACAUCGAGUUGGGUGGUCACUUAGCCUCUCUAUUCAACAAGCCUCACCUUAUUUGACUAUGAAUAUCAUGGAUGCAAAUAAUUGGGUUAUGUCUUAAUUAACUUCUACGUACUACGCACUACGCACGUACUACUAUUUUUCAUCUUCAUUCUUUUAGCCAAAUAGAAUAUAUAUCUUAACUACGUUAAUAGUGGAGAUUCCUUUACUAUUGUUUCUUUCUAUUCUAAUUAGUGUAGUUCUUGUACAUUACGAAUUUUGUGAUUAUAUUAAUAUAGA